GUGCAGCGCACCGGGCUCCAGAGGACCGGGGACAUGACCGGGAACCCGUGCGCGCGCAGGCUGGCCCGCCGCAGCGCCCUGCUGCUCUGCGCCGUGGCGGUCCUGCUGGUCCAGACCCUGCUGGUGUGGAACUUCAGCAGCCUGGACCACGGAGGAGGAGGACACGGAGGCGCCAGGAGCCGGGAGAGGAGGGAGGACCGGACCGGAGGUUUCAACAAGGAGAGCCCGCGGAGGAAGGCGGCUGUUCGGCACCAGCUGCAGGCGGACAUGUACCACUCCCAUCGACCCAAAGAGAAAGUCCACCUGGACAAAAACAAGAUCUUCGACAGCAACAGCAACCUGGGAGCCCGAACACAACGCCACAGACUACCGGUCCAGAGAACACUGGAGAAGACCCAGAGCAUGCUGGGAAGUCCGGUCCUCAGGCCUGCUCCUGUCCACCCACCAAGUCACAACCACACCUAUAAAGCCCGGUCCCAGUUACCCACCCUCCCAGGACCAGCUCAGGGGUCCAACCAAGACCCUCCGUUCUACCAGACCGUGAGGCCAGCUUCCCCCCCGCUGCCACCCAGUCUGGAGCCAAGGAAGGAGCCGCUGCAGUGCGAGGUCAACGGGAAGGAGGCCAUCUCUGCUCUGUCCAGAGCCAGGAGCCGCGAGUGUCGGCAGCAGAUCGUUCAGGUUUACUGCAGACACAAGGAGAGGGCCCUGAUGCCUGAGCAGGUCCCCCGGUACUGCCCGAUAUCAGGUAAAUCCACCGUGAACGCUCCGUGGGAUGCCACGGUGGUCCCUGACGCCUCUCGGCCCGUUCGCCUCGUCUUUGUCCUGGUGGUCCACGGCCGAGCGUCCCGGCAGCUGCAGCGCCUCUUCAAGGCCGUGUACCACACCUCGCACUACUUCUACAUCCAUGUGGACCAGAGGUCCGACUACCUCCACAGAGAGGUUCUGUCCCUGGCGGCUCGGUUUGAGAACGUCAGAGUGACUUCCUGGAGGAUGGCCACCAUUUGGGGUGGAGCCAGCCUCUUGAGCAUGUACCUGCGCAGCAUGGAGGACCUCCUCCUGAUGGACGACUGGUCCUGGGACUUCUUCAUCAACCUGAGCGCCGCCGACUACCCCCUCAGGACCAACGAGCAGCUGGUGGCGUUCCUGUCCAAAUAUCGCAACAUGAACUUCAUUAAGUCUCACGGCAGAGACAACGCACGUUUCAUUCGUAAACAAGGUCUGGACCGACUCUUCUACGAGUGUGACACCCAUAUGUGGCGUCUCGGGGAUAGGAAGAUCCCUGAAGGCAUUGCUGUGGAUGGAGGUUCUGAUUGGUUCCUGCUCAACCGGCCGUUUGUGGAUUACGUUGUAAACUCGAAGGACGAGCUGGUCGGAGGCCUGAAACGUUUCUAUGGUUACACUCUACUGCCAGCCGAGUCCUUUUUUCACACCGUCCUGGAGAACAGUGUCCUCUGUGAGACCAUGGUGGACAACAACCUGAGGCUCACCAACUGGAACCGUAAACUGGGCUGCAAGUGUCAGUACAAGCACAUCGUGGACUGGUGUGGCUGCUCGCCCAACGACUUCAAACCCUCAGACCUGCCACGUUUCCAGCAGACCUCCAGGCCCACCUUCUUCGCCCGCAAGUUCGAGGCCAGCGUGAAUCAAGAGGUCAUCAGUCAACUGGACGCCUUCUUGUUCGGACCGUACCCAUCCGGCACACCGGGCCUCCGGGCAUAUUGGGAGAACGUCUAUGAGCAGGAGACGGAUGGGAUCUCUGGCCUCUCAGACUCCAGGCUCAGUCACUACCACGUCUUCGCCCGUAUGGGCGUGUCCCGUGCCGCCGCCUCGCUGCAGGGACGGCAUGACGACAACAGCUGCAGGUUCACAGCCAUGAGCCAUCCGGUGUCGGUGCACCUUUACUUCAUGGCGGACCAGUUCCAGGGCUACCUGGUGCGUCUGGCAGCCAUGAACCGAGCCUCCGCUCAGCUGGAGAGUCUGGAGACCUGGGUGAUGCCUAAAGACCACUUCACCCCAGCCAGUCCACCCAACGCCAACAACAGGCUCCAGCACAUCCAGGUUGGUUCAGACUGGGAUCCAAAGGAGCGCCUCUUCAGGAACUGGGGUGGUCUGCUGGGACCCGAGGAUGAGCCGGUGGCUGUGCAGCGAUGGAGUCGGAGCCAGAGCAACUUGACGGCCACCGUGGUGUGGAUCGACCCCACCAACGUCAUCGCCGCCACCUACGACAUCCUGGUGGACGCGUCUGCCGAGGUCACCCACUACCGCCCACCCCUCAACUCCCCACUCCGGCCAGGGGCCUGGACCCUGAGGGUCCUGCACCACUGGACUCUGCUGGGUCAGACCAGCUUCAUCGUGGUUCCUCUGGAGUUUUACCGACAGCAACUCAUCCAGAAAGAGGAUGCUCUGCGGCUCCACAAUGGCCCGCCCAGGAACUCCUACAUGGAGCAGAGUUUUCAUGGUCUGAAUCCGAUCUUGCGGCUGCCGGUGAGCCUCAGCGCCGUGGAGGAGGCGGAGUCUAACUCCGGUCUGACAGGAGUGCCAUUGCGCCGCUGGCUGGAUAAACUCCUGGAAGGUCACUGGGCCGCCUCAGACGUCUGCUCCCUGGGUCAGAGUGCCUGUCCCACCAUGCAGCACUGCUACCUCACCACGUGGAGCUCUGCCAGCCCCGACCCAAAGUCUGAACUGAGCAAGCCCAGAGAGGACGGACGGAUCAGGUAGCAGGCCAAGGGACGAGUGGACAAAGGAGACAAAUGAAAGAGAACAUGUCUGAGUCUAUUUAUUUAUUUAAAAUUUAAAGACAAGAAGCAUAACUCUUCUGCUGGCUGAAUGUGAGCAGAAGAAGUCUUCAGCUGAUGGUUCUAGUCCACUCUGUUGUUCUCAUCCUGAGGCCCGUUUGUUCACAGAAACUCUGCUGAAAUAGGACGGGGUCAUCAGAACCUGGUGGGUCUGUUGAGUUCUGUUGGAGAAAUUCUCUUGUUUUCUAAUGUUUACUCAAAAGAACCAUUCUCACGGCAGGUGAAGAUUUUUAACCAGCAUUCUAAUUUAAGGGCAGAUUUCAGUACAAGUUACAUCCAUAACCAUACAUAAACAUCCAUCAACAUACAAUAAACAUAAACAUCCAUGAACAUAAA